AUGCUUUCCAGACAACUGCUCCAUAGAUCAUCGUUGAUAUCAAUUGAUACUCAAGAUGGCAAGGCAAAAUCAUUAAGUGAGAAAAGCCAAGAGCUAAGAGAAGAAGUGAUCGCCCAAUGCCAAAAAUUCGACAUAUUAGAGCAGGUGCUAGAUGAUGCGCUCGAAGAAUUACAUAGCCCAAUAUAUUCAGCAUUUAGCUCGUCAAUUCACAGCGAUAGUGAUGAUCAGAUUUUCAACGAAGAUUUUAAUCAAGCAGGUGAGACUGGCAGUGAUAUCGAGAGCAUUAGUGUUGACUCACAGGAUUUUCAAUACGUGUUUUCCGAGAAUAAUUCUACUGCUCAUCUUAGAAAGCUCUCUAUGAACUCAUUGUCGACUUAUGGAGACAAUAAUACCGAAUUCAGUUUCAUUCCAGGUAAAAGUCAUGUGUCCCAAUCGUCACAAAUCACUUCAGUUUGCACUCCUUACGAGAAUGACAAUUUUUUUCACAACUCUAAACUCAUACAAGAAGAUUAUGAAUCUCCAGAUGAACCAUCUGAUGUUGGUCGGGACAUUGAAGAUUAUGGGUAUGAUCAGAAGCCCAAUAAAAAAUCUCACCAAACUCAAGAUAGCCUUGUCAGUGAAGACUUGGAUCGUGCAAUCAGAGUGCAACUCUGCAAGGCGAAGUUAGUCUAUGUUAGAAGUUCUAUGUCUUCCGAGACAUCAAAUCUUGUCAUAGAUUCUAAUGAAUUUCCAGCAUCUUUAGCAGUCAAUUCUGUCAAUAAAUCAACACCAUGCUUUUCUUCAAAAAUCCCUAGUACUCCUGAAAGAGGUACAUUUCUUCAAUCCCCAAUGUCUGAAACCAUCACCUAUUCAGCCCAAAGACAUGCAGAUUCCUUAAUACUUCGACCAAGCCGCUCGAUUGAAUCAGCCUUUCAAUCAAAAUUUGACUUUCUAGAGAAAAUAAAUAGCUUCACUGGAGUACCUGAAGAUUCAGCUGAUAUCGUGACAGAAAUCAUUGACUCAUAUUAUGAGAGGGAAACAGAAGAGACUGAUGAAGUUUAUCCAGACUUUGGGGUUAAAGUUCCGAUCAAACUUGACUUCUCUGUGGUGCAAUGA